UCCCCAAACAAGGUGAAAAAAAUCCAAGUCGGCCGAUUGCUAGUCCCGUGUAUAUACAAAAAGAAUGAACAAUCACGAGACUAGUGAUAGUUUGAAGAAGAUGGUGGUGAUUGUGUAUGCCUCGCAGACAGGAAACGCCAUGGACGCAGCCGAAAGAAUAGGCCGCGAUGCUGAGCGGAGAGGCUGCCCCGUCGCCGUCGUCUCCAUUGAUGAAUUUGAUGCCACUUCGUUACCCUGUGAGGAGAAUGUGAUUUUCGUGGUUUCCACUACGGGCCAGGGUGACACGCCAGAUCCGAUGAAGGCAUUUUGGAAACAUCUGCUGCAAAGGAGUCUGAGCCAUGAUUGGCUGAAAGGAGUUCGUUAUGCAGUGUUUGGAUUGGGCGAUUCAGGUUAUCAGAAGUACAAUUUUGUUGCGAAGAAGCUUGAUAAAAGACUACGUGAUCUUGGGGCAGUAGCCAUCAUUGAAAGAGGUCUUGGAGAUGAUCAGCAUCCUUCAGGGUAUGAAGGUGCUCUAGAUCCUUGGAUGUCUUCUUUGUGGAAUGCGUUGUAUCGGUACAAUCCUGAUUUACUACCAAGAGGUCCAAAUAUUACGAUGGCAUAUGCAGAUCUGAUGGAUCAACCCAAAUUCAAAAUCAUUUAUCACGUAACCAAUAACUUGAAUUCACAGUUUCAACAGUGUCAGAUUUGGAUUCCCUUAAAAUGAAAAUUGGGGGAGCUCGAUCUAUGUGCCCUGGUAAAUUUUCUCAUGAGAAGACCAGGCCUGACUACUUCUUGAAAGUGAUAAAUAAUUAUUCACUAUGUGAAGAUGGUUCUGAGACAGAUGUGCGCUAUUUAAAAUUUGAAGCUAUAUCAUCUUCCAUCUAUUAUCACGUUGGUGAUGUUCUUGAGGUUCUUCCUGAACAGAGUCAUGUUGCAGUAGAUGCAUUUCUUAAGCUUUGUAAUAUGGAUCCUGAAUUAUACAUAAGAUUCACCAUAGAGAUAAGGGAGAUGAGAUCCCGAAGGUACCUGUAAGAUUAAAAGAAUUUGUCAAGUUCAAUAUGGACGUG